AGCUGUUAUACUCACUUGUUGAAGACACGUGGUGAAGUAGAGAUAUGAUUUAAUAAAAGACAUUAUGGAGCAACGACUGCUUUGGCUGUCAGCAUUUACAGCUGUUUAUGGAAGCCAUUACGCUGGAAUUAUAAAAUACAGUACAAUACAUUGUAGUAUUUAGACUAGCUGCAGGUGAAGCGUCCUGUCAUCGAUGACCCAUGGCGUCUGUGCGCGUAGCCGUGCGGGUCCGUCCGCUGAGCCAAAGGGAGAAGGACCUCUCAGCCAAAGUCAUUAUACAAGUGGAUGGACAAAAAACAUCUGUCCUUAGCACAAAGGAAAACUUCAGCUGCAUGAAUGGAGAAUUAUCUGGAGAAAGAGUGAAGUCUUUUUCAUAUGAUUUCUCUUAUGAUUCCAUGAACAGCACAAGUCUAAACUUUGUGACCCAGGAAAAGAUAUUCAAGGAUCUUGGCACUGAUGUCCUACAAGCAGCUUUUGAGGGUUACAAUGCCUGUGUCUUUGCUUAUGGCCAAACAGGCUCAGGAAAAACCUACACCAUGAUGGGCAACCCGGGUGAUUAUGGACUGAUUCCACGGAUCUGUGAGGGACUGUUCCACCACAUCGAUGGAGUGUUACAAAAAGACAAGGCAUCAUUUCACAUGGAGGUCAGCUACUUUGAAAUCUACAAUGAGCGGGUUCGAGACCUUCUUCCCAGCACAGAAACACAAGGCUGUGAGCUGAGAGUGAGGGAACAUCCUAAAGAUGGACCUUAUGUGGAUGCCCUUUCCAGACACCAGGUUCAAAGCUAUACUGGGGUUGCUCAGCUGAUGCAGGAGGGCAACAAGAGACGUGCCACUGCCAACACAGCCAUGAACCAUGUCAGCAGCCGAUCCCACGCCAUCUUCACCAUUCGCUUUAUCAAGGCCAUGUUUGAUGGAGAGUUACCAAGUGAGACGGUGAGUAAAGUACACUUGGUCGACCUGGCGGGAAGUGAAAGAGCUGAUGCCACACAGACUACUGGCAUCAGGUUGAAGGAGGGUGCCAACAUCAACAGAUCUUUAGUUACUCUGGGCAUCGUCAUCUCCACUUUAGCUGAUCUGUCUGACGGUGGUGGAAUAAAAAGAAAGCAACACUUUGUUCCAUAUCGAGACUCUGUGCUUACCUGGCUUCUAAAGGACAGUCUUGGUGGGAACUCCAAAACCAUCAUGAUAGCCACCAUCUCACCUGCUGAUGUGAACUACAGUGAAACUCUGAACACACUUCGUUAUGCUAGCCGGGCCAAGAACAUUUUAAACAAGCCCACCGUGAAUGAAGACAGUAAUGUAAAGAUUAUUAGAGAUCUGCGAGCUGAGAUUGCCCGUCUGAAAGCUCUGCUGUCUGCGGGAAAUCAGAUGCCGUCAUUUGAGCAGCCCUCAGGGUCGAGUGUUGAGGAGAGGCUUCAUCAGGAUGAAGCCAGAGUUCAAGAGCUGACGAAACAGUGGGCUAGUCGUUGGAAAGAAAUCCACACUAUUCUUGGGGAAGAUACAGUCGCUCUCAGAAAAGAGGGUAUCGGUGUGGUGCUUGAUUCCCAAAUACCCCAUUUAAUCCGCAUUGAGGAAGAUCUGCUCAGCACUGGUGUCGUUCUCUAUCAUUUAAAGGAAGGUAUAACUUCAGUCGGGGCAGGAGGAACCGAGCCAGAGCAGGAUAUAGUUCUCCACGGUGAAGCUCUUCAGAGGGCACACUGUGUGUUUGAGAACCAGAGAGGAGCUGUCACGCUCGUGCCGCUCCCAGGAGCCAGGUGUGCAGUCAAUGGGAUGGAGGUGACCCAGCCAUACCUUCUGUCCCAGGGUGUGAACAUACAACUUGGAAGGGCCACCAUGUUCCAUUUCAACCAUCCUCAAGAAGCUGCCCAACUUCGGGAGAAACGCAAGUCUGGGCUUUUCGUGCCGAGUGACUCUGCUGCAUUCUCUGUGGAGACUUUCAGUGAUUUCAGCUGCAGAAAGGUUUCUGACCAACACAAAGGUGAUGCAGAUGCUCUAAAAAGCAAUACCUUCUCUGGAGAGAGUCAGAGGAUGCUUCCCACAUCUCAUGCUCCAGACUGUUUCUUAUCACAAAGCAAGACAGACAGUAGUUUCAGUGGACCUUCAGAGUCUCAGCACAUUCCUAAGAUGCCCAGGGCACUAACAGAACACUGUGCCACUAACAACCCUGCAGGAGAUGCCAAAAGUCUGGGAAAGACGCUUCAGACAAGUCUCAACAUCCAGUGGGAAAAGCAGCUUUCAGCCCCUCAUAAAUCAGAAACUGAAUCUCUGUCAGUGGACAUGACAAAUAUGAAACUGGAGGGGGAGGAAACAGGGGUGCAUGCAGGACUUUGGGAUAGUAGGGUACUUCAGGAGAGCUGUAACGGGACCUCUGGGCUGUUGGAUGUCGAGCAGCAGUAUCUCUGGCACCAGGUCGUGGGCUCAGAAGGGAGCUUGUUAGCUGAGGAAUCCCAUAUACAAAGAAGGCACUCUGCCACGGGAGGUGGAGAAGGAGGAGUCUUUGUCCCCAGCUUGACUUGCUUGGAGCACUUUUCACAAAGGCAAAGUCCUCUUUCCGUGGGGGGCCAAUUUAGUGAGCACUUUUUAUCAAGAACAUCUGUUGAGAGCCAAGAAGCCAAAGCCCAUCCAGAGGGAAGUGGGUUCAGCUCUAGCCUAGGGAGCCUUGUAGGUAGAGUGUCCUGGAUGCUGACAGAUGCUGGGCGUGUGCUUAACUCUUUAAAGGAACAAACUGGUGCUAGAGGAAGUGGCUGGUACAAUCAAAUGUGCUCACUGGUAAAGGAUCUACCCUUAGUCCACCAUAUCCAGUUUGAAGUCUCGCUAAGACCACAGGCAAACCCAACACUGGAUGCAACUCAGUUCAGGCGCAAUAUGUCUCAUAGUGACGUUUUAUCAGUAUGUGAACAGUGUGUAGCAUUGUCCUCCAUGCAAGAUCUAUCAAAGUCCAGUGCAGGUGAAUGGAAGAGCCCUUUGAGGGCUUUGGAGGCAAAACAGACAAAGGAUUCAGUGACUAUCCAGAGCAGUGAGGGAUUGAAGGUAUGCUGCCAAAGACUCCACCUCCUGCCUGAAUCCUUGGUACAUCUUCAAAAUCUUCCACCAACGCAGCUUCUCUCCUGCCUACACAGUGUCAUUCCUGCCCACUUGCUAAUGGAAGAGCGACUGUUAGCUUUAUACUGGCUCAGUGUAGCUACCUGUUCUCAACCAGAUCCACAGCCAGCAGUUACUGUCAUUUUCCAGACAAAAAUUUUGGUGAUCACAUUUGAUCCUUUACUUGAUUCUUCCAAUCCCACACACUCUUUAAAUGUUUUCUACGAACUAUCCUUUCAGCAACUACUGGAGAUAAACAUAGGUUUUGCUGGACAGUCAGUCAGACUGACAGGCAACACAGAGAGCAGCAUACUUGCUUUGCACACAUGCAAUGCAGGCCUAACUCAAGAACUGUCCCAAACAUUAAUCAAGGCUAUUUGCCCUUUCGAAAAAUGGGCACUAGACCAUCCAUUGCUGUCAAGUGACAUGCUGCGUUUGUCCCUAGACUGGAACUCCUGUAUAAAGGAUUUGGUCCUACCCUCUGGUGGACGCCUUACAUGCUCUUUGCAGAAAACCUUGGCUAAGUUGGUUUUCAUGUUACAUGGUAAUAUGAAGGGUAAACGUCCAGCACUUGCGGAUGUGCAGCUACUUCUUUACACAUCUGUCAGAUUUCAGCAAUCAAAUUUUGAGCCUACUGUACCUGAUUCACAAGUGAACUCUGAGCUCGUCCAGCUGGUCCUGACUGACACCCAUCUAGGUCUUUUACGGGAGAAUGCCAUUUAUUACCCACCUCCACGUUCAGUGUCAGUGGUGGCACGGCAGGCCCAGUUCAGACUAAUAGACCUUCGGCAGCGCUCGGAUGUCCGUUGUGUGCUGGUAAGAGAGGGAUAUGGAAGCAUGUGUCUGGAUGUGGUCUUGGCUCAUGUCAGCCGGAAAUCUGGUGGUACUGGAGGUUACCCUCAACCUCCAGAGGUCUGCGGUGCUGAUAAAGCAGCUGCCCAAUCUCUUUCCAACCCUGAUUCAUCUCUCCGGAAUGAAGUGUGGAAAUUAACUUUCAGCAGCUCCGUUGAGGCCACCUUUCUGAUUAAUAACUUGUCAAACAUUUGAUCAAGGGCCUUCCAGCAAAAUAAUUAACAGCCUUGUGAGGAGAAUUCGACAGGAGACUACAAAAAAGGCUGAGUUCACCGAAAACAUAACAAAGUCUGAGCCUUUAGGAUUUGAGAAAUAAAGACAUUUUAUAAUUUUUUUUUUUUUGCAACUUUUUUAGGGGAUUUUGUGAAAUCCAUCAAGUUGACUUGCCUUCUGACACUAGUAAUUAUUUAAAGUAGUGCCUAUGAUCAAGAUUUGAAAUUCAUAAGGCUGCUUGGGAUUGCAUUGACAUUAUUAAUGAUGUUUAUCUGGCAAUAAUAAAUGAAGCAUGGUAUAAUGGAUCUUUGAAAUGUAUAAUAAGUACCUGCACUCUACCUUAAUUAUCAUGUUCAUUCUUUUCAGUGCUAAUUAGAGAAUUUCAUGUACAGGAAUGUGUCUAAUUUACAUGUGUCUAUUCCUGUGCGUCACCAGCUACUUUUACUGUAGCUAAUUGUCUCACAUUGCACAAUUUAAAGGGCACCUAUUUUACUUCUUUUUCUAGAUUUAAAAUAAGUCUUUUGUGUCUCCAGAAUGUGUCUGUAAAGUUUCAGCUCAAAACACCCAUCAGAUUAGUUAUUAUACCUUUCAGAACAUUAGAAUUUUCUGCUUUGAACACAAUGUAGCUGUUUUUGUUGCCUGUGCCUUUAAUGCUAAUUCUCUCUGCCCACUGUUCCUUCAUGCCUGUCAGAGUGUGCCUCAAUCUUCACCUUGGCUGCAUCAGAUAAAUAGCACAGUGACAGACAUGAUGGAAGCAGACCUCACGUAACUCUUGUGAGAAAUACUACAGAAAGAACGUUCUUACUGUAAAGAAGUGAUUAUUUGAUGUAUUUGCUGUGGAGUUAAUUCAAGUCUUUCUGCAACGAGUCACACACACAGGCUUUACAAAGUUCAUGCACACACACACACACACAUUGCAGACACAUACAGGCAAGGCAAACUUAGUUUAUAGAGCACAAUUUUACACAACCGAAGUUGAUCUAAAGUGCUUCACAAUAAAAUACUAGAUAAUAAAAUAACU